UUUGCCUUUGUGUUGCCAUUAUCGACUGUUUAUAUUUCGAUAAUAGUUCACAAUACAACAAUCUCAAUAUAUAAAUUUGCGUGGAUGAUUAUUGUUGAAAUAUAGCAGAGUUUUCCUGCAAUGGACCACCAAAGGCAGAGGACGAUUGGGCCUUACUUUCUGAAUCAAACUUUGGGGAAAGGCCAGACAGGGAUAGUUCGGCUGGGUAUACAUUGUACGACGAAGGAAAAAGUCGCCGUUAAGAUUAUAGACCGGACAAAAUUAAGUCCCCAAAUAUUAUCAAAGGUUGAACGGGAAAUCGCCAUAAUGAAGUUAAUCGAACACCCACAUGUUCUACGUCUGUACGACGUUUAUGAAAACAACACGCAUUUGUUUUUGAUACUGGAAUAUGUCGGUGGUGGGGAAUUAUUUGAUUAUCUUGUAAAAAGAGGAAGGUUAACGAUAAAGGAGGCUCGGAGAUUUUUUACUCAGAUAAUCUCGGCGAUGGACUUUUGUCACAAGCACUGUGUUUGUCACCGUGACCUGAAGCCUGAAAACCUUUUACUUGAUGAAAAACAUAAUAUAAAAGUCGCCGACUUUGGAAUGGCAUCAUUGCAGGUUGGCGAAAAUUUGAUGUUGGAGACUAGUUGUGGGUCGCCACAUUACGCCUGUCCUGAGGUGGUUAAGGGGGUAAAAUACGAUGGUAGAAAAGCUGACAUUUGGAGCUGUGGAGUGAUUUUAUAUGCUCUUGUAGUGGGCGUUUUACCUUUUGACGACGACAAUUUAAGACAUUUAUUAGAAAAGGUUAAGAAAGGAUCGUUCCGUAUUCCAGAUAAUGUUCCUUCUGAAUGCCAUAAUCUUAUCAAAGAGAUGAUCAAGGUUGAUCCAAUUAGACGAAUAUCGAUGAAGCAGAUUUUGAACCAUCCAUUUUUAAAAAGUAUGGAUAUUCAUGAACAACUUCCAGUACAAAGAGUUGUAAAAACGGAAGCGAUAUCUGGUCGUGACAACAUUGAUCCUGAUGUUUUGGCUUCCAUCAACAGCUUGGGAUGUUUUCACGAUAAAGAAAAAUUAGUCGAGAAAUUACUAAAAGAGGAAGACAACAUGGAGAAAGUAAUAUAUUAUCUUCUUCUUGAAAGAAAAGAGCGUCGACCAUCCAGUGCUGAUGUUGUCCCCAAGGCGAUACGGCAAAUGAAGGAUCAUGAUCGUGUCUUAGAUCCUCCACGGAAACGAGUAGACUCGUGUGGCUCGCCUCGCUUGAAUCGUUCUCGGGAUAGCAGUGAUAUUCCUGAUAAUCCACGAAAUCCACAUAUUCCUUUUCGACCACGUGCUGGUACGGAUAUAAGUUCGUUGAAAAGCUAUGCAGCAAGCCGCACUGCCAGCAAUCCGGUAAAAAGUAAAACUCCACCUGGGAGCCCUUGGUGGUCAAAAAUACCAUGGAGGAAGAAGUCGUUAGAAGAUAAUCCACGUCAACGAAGUCCAGAACUAUCGCCUGGUGAGAAAGAGUACUUCCCCAACACUUCGCUGGAUGUUUCUCCUAGUGAUGUGAAAAAAUCAUGGUUCGCUUACCUUCCAUUAGGACAUUCUCACUCACCAGAUAAAGAAGAGCCAUUCUUUAUUUUAAUCAAAGGAAAGCCGCUGGGUACCAUCAAAGCGGACAUUGUUCAUGCAUUUUUGACGAUACCAAAUGUUACGCACCACGUCAUAUCAUCCACCACAUUCACAGCCGAAUACGGAAAACACAAAGGUACAUCCGUGUUCCGAAAAUCCGCAAGGAUUGAUGUGAGCAUCGAGAAAUCCAACGACCCACAAGAAUGCAAGGAAACGCAAAAUGUUUACAUCGUGAAUGUGAAAUUGAUUUCGGGUUCCUCCCAAAAAUUCAGAAAAAUUUGUGAAAAACUCGAGGCCAUUUUGCUUUCUUUUGGGCGCUCUCCGGAAAAGACUUACAAAAGAGGAAGUAUUGGUGGUAGUUUCACUGAAACGGGCACAACAAGGAAAGAACUACAGCCAAGAAUAUCAGGCGCGUAUGUUAUAUCAGACAAUGAAAGUGAGGGAGAAGUUCUGGACUCCCCUGAUAAGGAAAGUAAAAAAAAUGAACAAACUAUACAAAUAUGAUGGUGAAACAUCGCGCAAUGUGCACAGGAAUCAUAACAAAUAAUUGAUAUAUAGAAUGCGUGCUCUUAAUACUCACUCCACAAGAUGGCGGAUAUUUCUGGUUCAGGGUUCUUUAGGGUAGGAUGUCAGGUGUGGGUGUACAAUGGCAAUAUGAAUUGCCCUAUGCGGAGAAUUUAUAAACCUGACAAACAAAUUACAUGACGACAUGAUAACUAAACAUGCAUUCUAUAUAUCUAUUAUUUCUAUAGGGUGGCAUCGGAUGUAAAGGCUGUUUUUCACCACAUUCGCUUUGCCUGUCCGACCUUCGAAUAUCUGCGCAUCCGUCCAUUUCCCACUUUUUUUUUCGCGAAGCGAUAUCUGGUUUGGAAAAUAAUUCGCCGCGAAAAAGUAUAAUCGCUUCCAACUUUUUAUGAGUUCGCACGAAUAAAUUCGUCUAGUGAAUAAACUCCGACCACGCUGGUGAAGCCGACCUAAUAGAAAGCCGCCUUUUAUACAUUUCACGGCCGUAUAGAAAAAUUUUCAAAGGCCGCUCAAGGCGAAUGUAAUGGAAAACAGCCUUUAAAUAUGCCUAACCUUCGAGGCGGACGUAAUUAAGCCAUUAUUUAAGAAUAUCGCUAUUAAUAUUAACGCCUGCUUUUAACAUGCAUGAAGUUUAAAUUCAAGUUUAGUCGGAUCUGACCAUUAUUAAUAGAGGCAAGAAAAUCAUAGUUCACUCAGAGAUCUAGACGCCGACUUUGGUCGGAACCUUUGAUGUGCCUUCUACACCUCUCAAUAUUCUUUAAUCCAUUGUUCAACCGCCCUCUCACCUGGGUAAAGUCGCCACCCAACUCCCAUUAAUUGCAGUCGUCAGCCAAAGCUAUUGAAAUUGACAGAUGUUAAUAUAUUGUAUUGUAAAUAAUAACAAAAGAAUGACAUGGUUUGUCGGCUUAAUUUAAUCAGGAAAGAACAAAUAUCUUAUUUAAAGUUAAUUAAAGUUGUACUUAUUAUAUAGAUGUAUCAUAAAAAAGUUUUCUUAGCUCUU